AAACCCAGUUAGUAUCUGUCUCUCUCUCCUGUGUUUCUCUCUCCUAACUGUAGUCUCAGCUCUCUGACUCUCUCCCCCUCUCUCUCUCUCUCGAAAAACGAAAGGAGAAACACAAACACCUACUACUACCAACACUACUACUUCCACCUUCUCCACCUUCUCUACCUUCCCCCAUUCCCCCCUUUCAUUUUAUCACGCACUUUCUCAGCAUUCCUUCCACCACUUGGAUACGCACCGAGGAUUCAACUCGGAUUUUUUUCCCUCUCUGGGGAAAAUAUUCAUUCAUAUCUUUCGGAAAAUUUCCCUUUUCUGCUUCGGGGCUGGGGUUAGGAUGAAUCGUGGGAUGUGAUGGGGGCGGGGUUCUCGCAGGUGUUCCCCUGUUUCAAUCCGGCCGCCGCCGGUCCAAACCGGUCGGAGCCGGAUGCCAUUUUCGGCGGCAACGAUGAAACCCUCGGCCACUCCUUCUGCUACGUCCGCUCGUCGGCGCGGUUCAUCUCCCCCACUCACUCCGAUCGCUUCGUCUCUCCCUCACAGUCCCUCCGCUUCGACGAUCCGCGCCCCUCCAAACCGCCGGGUUACCCGGAGACCGGGUUCCGGGCCAUCUCCGGCGCCUCCGUCAGCGCCAACACCUCCACCCCCAUAACCGUCCUCCAGCUCGACGACAUCUGCACGGAUGCCGCCGCCGACGCCCCUAAUCACCACCACUAUCAGAAUAAUUGCGGCAGCAGCAAGGGUUUUGUGGCUGGAGCCGGGCCGCCCAAUGUUCUGCUGGACGGGUUCGAGAGUACGUCGUCGUUUAGCGCCUUGCCCCUGCAGCGGGUGCCGCGCGGCGGGGAGCAGCAGCCUUCGGGCCCGCUGGAGAGAGCUUUCUUCAUGUCUGGCCCGAUCGAGCGCGGCGCCCUCUCUGGCCCGCUGGACGGCGCUCCCCCGGGCGACAGCAAUGGGGGCGUGCCGUUUUCGGCGCCACUUGGGGGCAUGUAUGUUAAGAAGAGGAAGAAGAAAAGCAUUUCGGGAAUUCGCAACGCAUUGUACCGUAACUUCUCUGUGGUGCCUGUAAGGAAUUUCAUUAGUGGAGGGGGGCAGCGGAAGGAUGCUCCACCGGGAAGCGAUGGCUGCAGAGAGGCGGCACAGAUUGGCUGUGAGGGCAAUGUGCAGUGGGCAUUGGGUAAGGCAGGGGAGGACCGGGUCCAUGUGGUUGUAUCGGAGGAGUUAGGUUGGCUGUUUGUUGGAAUUUAUGAUGGAUUCAAUGGACCUGAUGCCCCGGAAUUCCUCAUGAGCCAUUUGUACAAAGCCAUGUAUAAUGAAUUAGAGGGUUUGUUUUGGGAUUCAGAGGAUGCAGUUGCAGCUUCAGAAACUGCAGAUGUAACGGGGAAUUCUAACCCUUCUGAUGUUAAUACAGAUGAUCGACAAGAUCUAGAAAGCAAAGAAGGCCAAGUAGAGCCAAGAUUAGUUAAAAAAGUGAUGUUUGGAGGGGAGCAAAUAGAAGUUAGGAGGAGGAGGUUAUGGGAAUUUUUGGUGGAGGAUGAUCCCGAAGAUGGGCUUGAUCUAUCAGGUUCUGAAAGAUUUGCCUUUUCAGUCGAUGAUGCUUUGAGUGUGAACAACGCAGGUUCAGCAGUGAGUAGGAGGUCUUUAUUGUUGUCAAAACUAAAACAUGGGUUGUUGAAUAGGCAUAAGGAGAAGGAGGGCAACAGAUUAUUUCCCUGGAAAUUUUGGUUGGAGGGGAAACAGAAAGCAAUUGAGGAAAUGAGGGAGAGCAAUGUAGCAGGUGAUGGGGAGGUUGAGAUGGAGAGAACUAGUAGAACUGGUAGGAAAAGAAAGGUAGGAUUAGUUGAUCACGAGCUAGUAUUAAGUGCAAUGUCUAGAGCACUUGAAGUGACAGAGCAGGCAUACUUAGAUAUGACUGACAGGGUUCUUGAUCGUUACCCGGAGCUUGCAUUGAUGGGUUCUUGCUUGUUGGUUGCGUUGAUGAGGGAUGACGAUGUGUAUGUGAUGAACGUUGGGGAUAGUCGAGCCAUUGUGGCUCAGUUCGAGCCAGAAGAGGUAACCUGUGAUACAGAACUGCAAGGUUCCGGGGAUUAUGGGUUUAAUGGCGAGGGCAUAGUUGAAGAGUUCUCUGCUGUCAGUCAGAGGGAGAGUAAAGCUGUAGAUGAAGCUCAUGCUCAUCAACCCAUUGGUUUGACUGCGUUGCAAUUAUCGACUGACCAUAGCACAAGCAUAGAAGAGGAAAUUAUUAGAAUCAAGAAUGAGCACCCAGAUGACAGCAAUUGUAUAGUAAAUGACAGAGUUAAAGGUCGUCUCAAAGUUACCCGUGCAUUUGGGGCUGGAUUCCUUAAACAGCAUAAGUGGAAUGAUGCCUUACUAGAAAUGUUUCGGAAUGAUUAUAUUGGUACUGCGCCCUACAUCUCGUGUUCACCUUCCCUUCGUCACCACCAUCUGUGCCCCAGAGAUCAAUUUUUGGUGCUUUCAUCUGAUGGCUUGUAUCAGUACUUUAGCAAUCAAGAAGUGGUUUCCCAUGUGCAGAAUUUCAUGGAGAGGUUCCCUGAUGGAGACCCUGCCCAGCACUUGAUAGAGGAACUUCUAUUUCGUGCUGCCAGAAAAGCUGGAAUGGAUUUUCACGAGCUUCUGGACAUUCCUCAAGGAGACCGUCGGAAGUACCAUGAUGAUGUCACUGUUAUGGUGGUAUCACUUGAAGGAAGAAUUUGGAAGUCCUCGGGGAAGUACCUUUGAGAAAGCAUCUGCAGCCACCAUAACAAUAUGUAAUCUCCAACAGAACGGAAUAUGAUCGUUUGAUCAUCCAUCACCCGAUGUUUUUGCCAAGAGAGCUGUAUUUUCUGGGUGUGGAUGAUCGUCUGUCUGAUGCCAUAUGCGAAGGCGAAACGAACGUGAUGAUGGCAACAAGAUGUUGGAAGCUCUUAAAGAGGGAAUGUUUCCAUGGAUAGGAAAUUUUUGUAGUUGCUGCCGUAAACUUGUUUUAGGCAGGGAAAAGGAGACCUAUUUUAUUUUGUUCUUUUAUUUUUAUUUUUAUUUUUAUAAUUUUUUUUCUUUUUUCUUUUUUGAGAGCCUUCUCAUUCGUUUGUUCUUCAUUGGGGUGGAGGGGGUUUAGUGGGUUUGAGCUUUGACAUCUGCCUUCUUCCCUGAAGGCUGAAUUUGUAAUUCUGGGAAGUAAUGUUCCAAAGUGCCGAUCACAAAUUAUUCAAAUCCAAAA